AUGGCCGCCCUCAUCGCCGAGAAUUUCCGCUUCCUCUCCUUGUUCUUCAAGAGCAAAGAUGUGAUGAUCUUCAAUGGUUUGGUGGCCCUGGGCACAGUAGGGAGUGAGGAGCUCUUCUCAGUCGUUGCCUUCAACUGUCCCUGCUCCCCUGCCCGCAACUACAUCUACGGCCUGGCCGCCAUCGGCGUCCCAGCUCUGGCUCUCUUCCUCAUCGGUGUCAUCUGGAACAACCAUACCUGGAACCUAGUGGCCGAGUGCCACAAGCGUGGCACCAAGAACUUCUCUGCUGCUGCCACCUUCCUCCUCUUUGGCUCCAUCAUGGGCCGGGCAGCUGUAGCACCCGUCACCUGGUCAGUCAUCUCACUGCUGCGUGGGGAGGCUUACAUCUGUGCCCUCAGUGAGUUUGUCAGGCCGUCCUCCCUGGAGAAGUUCCCAGCUGAGUAUGGGGCAGAGGUGCUGGCCAGAUUCCCCUGUAAAGAUGUGCCAACAAACCUCACCAAGUUCAGGGACGAGGUGACGCGGAGGCUGAGAUAUGAGUCCCAGCUCUUUGGCUGGCUGCUCAUCGGCAUCGUGGCGGUCCUGGUUUUCCUCACCAAGUGCUUGAAGCACUGCUGUUCACCACUCAGCUACCGGCAGGAGGCUUACUGGGCCCAGUACCGCUCCAACGAGAACAAGCUCUUCCAACGCACGGCCGAGGUCCACUCCAGGAUCCUGGCAGCCACGAACGUGAAGCAAUUCUUCGGCUUCGUGGCGCUGGACAAGGAGGAGAAGGAGCUGGUGCAGGAGUUCCCACUGGAGGGCGUCCAGCCGAGCCCCCAGUGGAACGCCAUCACAGGCGUCUACAUCUACCGGGAGAACAAGGGCUUCCCCCUCUACAGCCGGCUUCACAAAUGGGCCAAAGGGGUGGAAGGGAACGGGCCAAGCCCAGAAGGUCAUGAAAUGCUCUUUUUGGCUUCCUAA